GUUCUAUAUGGUUACGUGUAUAUAUAAUCUAAAUCCGAUGAUGAAUUCCUGCAAGUGCCGUAUGAACACUCGUCGAAUUGACGAUGUUUUGAUUUGACCGUCGAUUGGAUUUCUGAGGAUUUUGAUGUUUAUUUAAAUAGUAUCUUGAUCCUGAAUAAAUGAUUUACGGCUGCCAGGAUUAGUUGGUGAUUUUUGGAUUUUUCAAGGGGAAAUUUGAGUAAUAGCUUAUUCUAUGUGUUCUUGUUUCCAGCAGUAAAGAUGCAUUUACUUCAUUUUGGUUGAAUUAUUGUGUGUUGGAAUUGGUAACUGUGCUGUUAAUUAUGUACACAGCUGCCGCCGUUAGGUUUGUAAAUGAGUCCGCACAUGCUGUUUAAGCUUGUUAGCAUUGCCGUCGAGCAUCAAGAAUUGUAGUUCUACUUGUUUGGUUCAAUUGAUUGUAGAUUAAGUUGUGUGCAAGCUCGAGUUUUAUAUGUUGUUGCCACAGCAAUUGGAAUAUAUUUGCUUGCUCAACUCUACCAAAGUUUACUGGAAUGCAUUAAUGUAUGUCCUCGAGCCUGCAUAAAUAGAUAUUCAUAUGGGAUUUAGUUGGGUAUUGGCCUUUGUAUAGUGUAGGCUUAUUUAUUUACUCUGAGCUGAUUUUGGCCGCAUGUUUCCUCGUUUGCAUGGUUGGCUUUAAGAAUAGGUACUUGAUAAUGGAGGUCUUUCUGGAUCCAAAUAAAGAAUUUUCCGUGGAUGAACCCAUUAAAAUCACCACUAAGAAUUUAUGGGAAGCAAUUGGAAAAAGCAUUCUUGCGAACUUUGGGGAAUGUGGUCUAGCUUCAGCCAUGAAUUCAUCUAAGGUGAAGUAUGUGAAUCCAACUACAAAACUCGUCAUAGUUAGAACUUCAAGAGAGGACUACCAGAAAAUUUGGGCUGCGAUUACAAUGAUCAAGAGCGUGGGACAUUGUCCUGUGGUUUUCAACCUCCUUGACCUUAGUGGAAGUAUUAAGGCCUGCAAAACUGCUGCUCUGAAGCUUGAUGAGUUGAAAUUUGAACAGUACAAAUUAUCAGCUGGAGACCGCCUUACAGCCGAUGCUCAUCAGGAGAUGCAAAACUGCCUCGAGACUAUCAAACUCUUGGAACAUUAGUACUAAUUGUAUGCUUAGAUAGAUGAGAGGCUAAGUAGUAGACAAAUGGUAGAUUAAUUUCUUUUUUGUGAACCGUAUUUUUCAGUGUAUUAGUUGAAAAUUACUGAUGCCAUGCAGGAGUUUUCCCCUGAAUACAAAGGAAAGAUACAAGAUUGAUAUUUAAGAUUGUUGAAAAAAUCUCUAUAGUCAAACUGCAUAUAAUGUUCCAGGUCGAAUGGUUGGUUUGUGAAAUCAACGAGCUACUUUAGAUACUAUUUAUUUUCUGUAAGCCAUAUUGUGUGUAGAUGGAAUAUUUGUCAUUGUUAUGCAGGGAAGAAAAGAUCAAGAUUGAGGCUUCAGAUUCCUAUUUCGAGCAUAUACAUCUCGGAAGUCAGAACUAGUGAACUACAUUGUUCAACAACAGGAAACAUAAAGUCAUAGAUCAACUAGACAGGAGCCAGAGUUUCACCAAACUGGAAAACAUCUCUAGAAUCGAACUGCACAGAAUCUUCCCGGUAGAAUGGUUGGUUUGUCAAAUCAACGAGCUCCUCGGAUCUCUUGUCGAGAAAACUGUACAAAGUUAUCUUACCAGGGACAUGAGUGAUCAUAGUGCAGGUCUGUCCUUCGUCUCCCUUUAUGUAACCAAAUAUACGAGACCUUCCAGGAAGGCGGCCAACUUCAUCAUGAUACUUCAAGAGCCACUGAGAAUAAUCUUCCUGCAAUUCAUAAACUGCUAUUGAUUUGUCGCCAAGGUGCGAGACUAUGAUGAAAUGGUAAAGACGGCCGUCUGAUUCUUGGAGUUGGCAGUGAGAAGCUGCACCUCCUCCACCCCCAUGCCAUGGAACUCGAGCAUGAGUGUACUCCAGAAGAGAAGUUAGCUCCUAUAGGAGCCACAAGUGGCUCCAAACACAGCCUCCAUGUGAGACUUUGAGAGUUGUAGACCUCUAUUCGACAAUGUCUCUCAUGAGCUGAAGGGGGCUUCAUUUUAGCCCUCACACACACAAUCUUGUAAUGAGGUGAUUUUGAAGGAUCAAAUGCUAAGGUUAGCCCCAUAACAUUAGUGAAAUCCUCGCUAUUAUCAGCGAGGCUGAUCUUUCUUGAUUGCUUUGUGGUGGAAUUAUAAACAUGGUACUCCACUGGAUGGACAGAUUGCAGCAGCAGCAGCCCGUUGCAUGAAUUCAAGAUUUUAGAGUUUGGAAUGGUGAAACUGUAAGGUAUGAGCUUAUGAUUAUUGGGAACUGGAUUGAAGUAAAAAUAGUGUGAGGUAUGAGUUCGAAGGAUGAGAGAGGGCUGUGGUUUUGGGUGGCGGAGAGUGUGGAGAUAGCAGAAUUGUUGUGCAGAGAUGAGAGAGAGCCAAUGUUUGCAUACUAAUUUGAAUCUGGUUAGAGAUUUUGCAGGCAGCCGGAGAAGGAUUUCAACCACCAUGUCUUCGUUCGAGGGGAAUAUUCCGGUCAUUCUGAAGGAGCAUAAACUAAGUUCGCUUGAUUCUUGGAGUUUUGGGAGCAAGCUUUUUUUUUCGUUGGAAUUUGCAAGGUAUUGAUGAGAGUUGGUGGUGUCGUUUUAAAGAAAAGGAAACAAAACAGCAUCGUUGCCACCAAUGUGUUUGAACUAUAAUUAAUAUAGAUGAUAACAAGAUUUUAUGUUUUUCAGUUUA